AUGGGCAAAUCAAUCUCCGAAGCCAUUGGUGCCGACCACGACCAAUUCGACGUCCUCUACGAAAACCUCAAGAAUGCUCAAGACGACGCAGCAAAAGUCCGCUGGAGAAACCAACUCACAUGGACUGUGGCCCGCCACGCCAUCAGUGAGGAGUUGACCUGGUACCCCGCGAUGGAGAAGCACUUGGGAGAAGAAGGCGUCAGAUUGUCAAAGGAAGAUAAAGAGCAACAUCAAGACUACCUCUACAAAAUCCAAGACAUGACACCCGUAGACCCAAAAUUCAUGCCACUGCUCGACACCCUGAUGGAUCUACUACACCACCACAUCGAGCACGAGAAAAACGAAGACAUGCCUCGUCUUGAGGGCUUGCUGUCAAGAGCAGAAAGCGAAGCAUUGGCAGCAAGUUUCGAACGCACAAAGAAGAUUGUUCCCACAAGGAGCCAUCCCAGCGCACCCACAAGCUACUACCUGGAAAUGUUGGCUGGGUUGAUGGCGGCGCCGGUCGACAAGUUUAUGGAUUACCUCAAGGACUUUCCGGAUGAGAAGGACAAGGAGGCGGCUAAUAAGGCUAGGGAGAAUAAGAUGUGA